AUGGAAGAUGACGAGUUACAUAAGUAUUAUACGAAUACAAAUCAGCUACAACAUCUCGAUAACAACAUUGUCGACAAUGAAAAGAAUGAUCAUGGUGAAGAGCAAGCUGUAAAAGAUAGGAUGAUAACUGAUGAAUUAAGGAAGACUGAUUAUACCAACGAAGUUAUCACAUAUGAUAUGAAGGUUGCCAUACAAAGUGGACAUGACCUUACAAUCAGAGCCUCUAAUUGCCGUGGAAAUGAUAGGAAGCCGCGAGGAAAGAAAAAAAAAACAGGGGAUUGUUGGGAUCUGAAAGUUGUAAAUGGAAUGCACAAUCAUCCUUUUGUUGAGUAUUUUGAGGGGCAUAGUUAUGCUAGGAGAUUGACACAUGAGCAAAAUGAGCUGUUGGUAGACAUGUCUAAUAAUUUGGUGCGGCCAAAGGAAAUUCUUUGUAACAUAAAGAAUCUCUUUCCAUCAAAUGCAACGACACUCAAACUAUUUAUAAUGUGUGCUAGAGGCAUAGAGUCAUCGAGAAGGCGAGAAGGACACAGAUAUUGUACAUACAAAACUAAUAGAUAUCGAAUGCCAUUGUUCGAGGUUGUUGGGAUUACAUCGACUUGUCUUACAUUUUCAGUUGCAUUUGCCUACAUAGGUGGUAAGCGUAUUGACAACUACUUGUGGGUACUUCAGCGGCUUCGAUCAAUUAUGGAAGAUAAUGAUAUUGAGCUCCUAUAA